CUCAUACUCUCUCUCUCUCUCUCUCUCUCUCUCUCUCUCAUGAAAAUGGCGCUCCCUAGUGGUUAUCUUGUUAUUACCAUUCUCUUGACCUUUUUCUAUCAACCAUUAGCAACUGCAGCUACAUACAAUGUGGUGAAUUUGGGAGCCAAACCAGAUGGGAAGACAGACUCAACCAAGUCUUUCCUGAGUGCAUGGGACGCAGCUUGUGCCUCUGCAAACCCCACAACAAUCUAUGUCCCACCAGGAAGGUACUUGCUUCACAAAGCAAAUUUCUAUGGUGAGCAGUGCAAGAACACAGCCAUCAUAAUCCGUAUCGACGGCACUCUUGUUGCUCCCUCUAACUACCGCGCUAUUGGAAAUGGUGGAAGCUGGCUUAUAUUUCAGAAAGUCAGUGGGGUUUCCAUCUUUGGAGGAACACUUGAUGGCCAAGGGACUGGUUUGUGGGCUUGCAAAGCCUCUGGCAAGGCUUGCCCUACUGGAGCUACGACACUGGCCUUGUACAAUUCGAAAAACAUUGUAAUUAAUGGAUUAACAUCACUAAACAGUCAGAUGUUCCACAUUGCCAUCAAUGGCUGCCAUAAUGUGAAGGUACAAAGAGUGAAGGUCUCGGCCUCAGGCAAUAGCCCAAAUACAGAUGGUAUUCACAUUCAAUUAUCAUCUGGAGUCACCAUCUCCAACUCUAGGAUAGCCACAGGAGACGAUUGUGUCUCAAUAGGCCCUGGCAGUUCCAAUUUAUGGAUCGAGAACGUUGCCUGUGGCCCUGGCCAUGGGAUCAGCAUUGGAAGUCUAGGGUGGGAAUUACAAGAACCUGGAGUGCAGAAUGUGACAGUUAAAACGGUUACUUUCAAGGGUACACAAAAUGGUGUGAGGAUAAAGACAUGGGGUAGGCCCAGCAAUAGUUUUGCUCGGGGCAUUGUUUUUCAGAACCUCUUUAUGGUCAAUGUCCAAAAUCCCAUCAUAAUUGAUCAAAAUUACUGUCCUCAUAAUAAAAAUUGCCCUGGUCAGAAUUCUGGUGUGCUUAUUAGUGACGUGACAUAUCAAGACAUCCAUGGAACAUCGGCAACAGCAGUUGCGGUUAAAAUUGAUUGUAGUAAAAAGUAUGGAUGCAAAGGGAUAAGAUUGGAAGACAUUAAACUCACCUUCGGGGAUCAACCAGCAGAAGCAUCAUGUGUCAAUGUUGGAGGAUCAACCUCUGGUUCAGUUAAACCAACAAGUUGUUUGUAGGACAAUAUGAAAUUUAUACACACAUCAUAUGAAUUAAUCUAGACUAUAUUAAGAAUCUAAGAGAAAGGAAAAGCAUAGGGAAUUAACAUCCAUAUUUUUAGUAUUAUUGUCAGUUUAUUAGCUCAUGAAAUUAGACAAGAUCCAGAUUUAUACACACAUCAUAUGUAUAAUAUAUUAGUCCAUCCCCAUUGAGCCUGCUGCUGGCCAUGCAGAGCACUGUAGUCUAAACCCUUCAUUGGGUAACCUGUUGUAUUCUCAAAUUCGUAAAAGGAAAAGAAUUACUAUUUGAAUUAGUAUAUUUAUUUGUGUUGAGUAUUUCAGCAGCAAGUAUGUGAUCAAACAAAAGAAAACAAAGCUAAAAUACACAAAAUCAUAUCUGAAUUUUCUUCAGAAAAAUAGAGGAUG